AUGGAAAAGGAAUACUGUUUGGAGUGGCAUUUGGUAUAUGGCGCAUUACGAGACUACUACUACAGCUAUGGUGAAUCUGCACAGAAAGAGUUUAAUCGCUUUUAUGACCCAGUGCACUUUUUUGCGCCAGAAUCACUCACGGUUGGGAUUCCACUGAGUAUCGGGGUUCGUGCCUACACGGGUAAAUGCGAGAUCGUCAUGCCUCGACACAUAUAUGAGCAAUUGGUGUAUUUCAUCCAUCAAAAGAUUCCACAGGUACCCGAAUUUGAAUUAGAGACUUUGACACCUGCUGAAUACGAGAUCAUUGAUCGUUUUGAAGCCUUUACACCCAACAUCCUCAGCAAAAGCCAUCAAAAGGCCAAAAAGAAGACGAAGCAGCUCAACAGAAUUCGCGAAGCGCAUGAAGAAGCCGCAUUAGCCAAACGGCUUGUCAAUUCAAGCAACUAUGUUUUUGUGAGCAUCGAUAUUGAAGCGUAUGAAAAGGACCACUCUAUUUUGCUGGAAAUUGGAUGGUCCAUGUACGACGCAAGCACCAAUACGUGUAUGGAUCAGCACUACAUCAACGAUCAGUACCGUCAUUUACUCAAUGGACAGUUUGUGGAGGACCAAAAAGAGAGAUUCAACUAUGGCACUUCUGUGUGGUGUUCGUUGAAGCAGGCUUUGAUUGAAUUGAGGAAAGAUUUGGAUUGGGCUGUCAAACGCGAUGGUGGAUUUGUACUUGUUGGGCAUGGUUUAGACAGCGAUCUACAGUACUUGGCAAAGCAAAACUUCCUAUGGCCAGGCAGACAGGGUGGAGAUGUAGCCAGUGUUGGAGAGUCUGCUACAAUUGCUAUAUUGAAUACAGAUACCAUCUACGGAUCCUCUAUCAAUGAUUUGCAUAAUCCACCAUCGCUCGGUAAGACGCUCGCUUUGUUUGGCAUCGAUACAUGGAAUCUUCAUAAUGCUGGCAAUGAUGCUCAUUAUACCCUCUUGCUCUUGCUGAAGCUUGUUCAUGAUCAUUGCAACAUCUAA